CUCAGCUUCCUCCACUAGUCUACCGCCGCUGCCUCCUCCUCGUCUCCUCUCCUCUCACCAUCUCACCAUCUCACUACCCACACUGUUCCAUGGGGGCCUCAAAUUGGAGGCGGCGCCGGCGGCGAGGAAGGUAUCGAAGUCGAAGCCACCGUCGUCGACAGCCAUGUCUAGCGGGCACCACAUGCUGUGGCCGGCUCGCCGCCCACCGCCGCCGCCGCCACCGCCACUAUCGCCGGCAUCAAGGGAGGCGAACCCUUGUUCUGGUGGGCCGGCCCACCAAGCCAGCCCAUCAGCGGAGGCAACUGGUGGGCCAGCCUGACAUCCUGGGCCCACCGUUCAUGUGUCCCGCCUUAGUUGUUUCUUCUCCUCGCUCGAGGCUGCAAGAAAAUCAAGAACCCGAUCGCCACGUCGAGAUCAACCUCUCUCCAGGCCGGCAAUGGACGGGCGCGCCGGUUGCUGCGUCCGCUUCAUCGGCUGCUGCCUCGCCGCCGACGGUGACGCCGCCCUGAGCCAGAGCGCGGCCGCGCUGCACAGGAUGGCGUCGGCGUUCUUGGACGCUCACGGCGAGCCCUUGGUACUCCUCGACCACCGGGUGCUCUGCUCCCAUGGCGUCGCCACCGUGGGGCACAGCCAGGCCUUCGCCGCGGCGAUGAGGCAGCGCAGAGAGGAGAUUCCCCCUGCCCCAUUCAGGAUUCUGCUGCAGGAAGAAUAUGUCGGGUGGGCUGAAGUGGCGGCAUGCGCCAAUGGGAACAAGAUUGUGGACAAGAAGUCCUGGAGAGCUUCGGUCAGGAACAUGCUCGAUGCUGUGUACAGGAUGAUAUGUCAGGUCCUUGCCUCUGCUGUGAGAUCUGUUUGGGCUAUUGGCACCUAUAUGCUUCCUCUAUCAGCUGCAGAGUUUUUCAGAAGGAGACUACCCGCAUCAGCUGUGCCAGAAAAAAUUAGCUGGCGGGGUGUCAUUAGCACUUUCAGAUUUCAAAUCUUCCCUGAUACCUGCGCCAUAGUAGCAUGCUCAGUCUGUAUCGAGGCACAACACAGGCUCGAGUUUGAGCGCCUACACGGGCAAGGCACAUUCAUCCUCGAAUUGCCUGAUUCCACCAGGAAGCUGAGAAGAUUCUGCCUGGAGAGAAAAGCUUGGUUUAAGGGUAAAGGGGCUCAUAUCGAUAGCCUCCUGUCUCUGAUCCAGGAGACUGGUGGAGUGCCCGCAAUAAGUACAACGAACACAAGAAGCAGCCUCCUUCUGCCCCUUCACAGCUAUGACUACUUCAGCCUCCGGGGGUGCUGGACAAACCUGACACCCCAGCAGGCUGCACAGCUGAUCUUCACCGGUGGUCCCUGCAUUGGCAGUCUCUGGGUUGAUGGAUCCUACACCAGCAAGCACCACUACAGCGAUGACAACGAUGACGAUGAGGAGGACAUGCUAGUGUACCGUGGCUGUGAUCCCAAGAAGAAGAUACACCGGGAUAAGGAGACAGGCUUACAUGCCGUCGUGUGUUACGCGUACCUCUUCAUUGGGAAGGAGCUGCACAUCCGUGUCCAGGACAAUAUGCCUAUCUGCAGUCCCCACAACUGGAUCCUUUUCCAGGCGUUUGACAUGUUUUACACCCUACGAGUCAUGCCCUUAGAUGCUUCAAGACUGUAUGAUCCCUUGUAGAAGAUGACAGUGCCGCCGAAGAUUUCACAGAAGAUAGGCAAAGACCGAGCAUGGCUCCAUGCCAACCUUCGUCGGCUACAUGAAGCGAUGAUGAUCCAGAAAGGGAAAGAGAAGGUCUGCUGAAGUUAGGAGCUUGCUGGUGAGCCGGUUUUAUCUCUCUUGAAGGCUGUGUUCGUUCAUUCUGCGCCGCUGCUCUCUUCGUCAGUAUUAGCUGACUGAUUGAUUAGUUGUAAUGCUGAAUGGCGAGAUGGUGUCCCCAGCAUUUUGUAGAAAGACCUGAUCCAUCCUGUUUACGCCUUCAAGUAAACCUGGACGCUAAGCCUUUUGUCCAGAAUGCAUGACUGUGUGCAGACACACAAUGGAUCGAUUUUCUCCUUUUUGUGUGUGUGUGUCGUUUCAGUCAAAUUUUGGGCGUCAGGGCUGUUUGAGAUUUGUUAUGUGGUUUUGAGGCUUGCCUGUUUUGAUUGCUACUUUGAGUUCCACGAAGUGAUGAAGUAGUACAUAUUUAUUUUAUUGUGUUCUUUUUUUGCCUCUUCUGUCAUUUCAACUUUAUCUAUGGUGAUCAUCUGACCAAGUACUUCUCUAGUUGUCUGGUCAGUUAAUUUUUUUAUUCCUGAAAUGUGCUUACUUAAGAUUUAUGAUAUUUUGUGAAUUGUG